CUUCUGGAUGUCUACUUUGAAGCUUACCAGCAUGCUUUGGAUCCAGAGGAAAGAUUUGCUUUGGCUCAAACAAUAACUGACAUCAUGCACAAACGUCCACAGUUUGAUCUCAAGCUUGAAUAUUUUGUCAACACCUUCAAAGACGUUUAACUUCACCUCCAACUGGUGAGGGACAUAGUAAACCAGCAAAUAGAUGCCCAGAAGGAAUACAUCGACAAGAUUUGGGGGGAAGGUGAGAGAGGUGGCCUUGGCGAAUUUGGACUUCCUUAUAAUGGGAUUACUAAGCAGCUCAGCUCUCUUUACACCAGCCGUCCUACUUUGAAGAAUAUUUAUUUGCUGGAGUUUCACCCUUCUUGUGGUCUGAUGUCCUUGAUCCCAGAAGCUCUUCAGUAUAUCUACCAGGUUCUAAGUAUCUGCAGACCAAAAACAGUCAGUAAAGCAAGUAAUCUAGAAAAACAAGUACUUCAGCUAGUAGUUGAUGAGUGGCUAACUAUGGGAAAAACAGAAACUUUUUACAUCUCUCAGAUUGAAAAAGAUUUAUUUGCCAAGGUACUGAUAGAAGACUCAGUGCUGGUGCAAGAGAUUGCUUUGUCACUCUUAGAGGAGGAGGAGCAGGAGGAAUUCACUGAUGGAAUGAACAGAAAGAUGCCUUCCUCUGCAGAGUUUUACACAGACGAUUAUUUUAACUGCCUUCUUAUGAACAGUAGUGCAAUUAAGAAGAGGCACACAAGAAGUACAAGCUUUGUUCACUGCCAGAGGUUUUACAAGGCUUUUGAAACAGAAGCAGGUUUUGGGGAGUUUUGUUUGUGCCUGAGGCCCAAGCACUUCGAAUCUGCAUCUCACAGGGAGAAAGCAGGCCACCUCCCACCAGUGUUCACUACAUCUUUCCGGGAAGAUGACAGCUGUGUUGACAGCAUCCAAGAAAUUGACAGUUAUAUUAGAAAGUUUAGUUUCUGUACAAGAGAUGAUGUUAUGCAACUCUUGCGUCCAUCUGGAAUAAGGAAUAUGCAACUUAUCCUGGCCUGUCAGGUCAUUCAGAAAAGUGGUCUUUUGGUGGCUGUUCAGCAAGGCUCCUUUUGUUACUUGGUCCAGGCUCCCCAACCCCUGGGGAUCUUCUUCUUCACAUUGCACUAG